CCCAGACGCGGAGAAAAUGGCGGCAGGGGUCGAAGCGGCGGCCGAGGUGGCGACGACGGAGACCAAAAUGGAGGAGGAGAGCGGCGCGCCCGGCGUGCCAAGCGGCAACGGGGCUCCGGGCCCGAAGGGUGAAGGAGAGCGACCUCCUCAGAAUGAGAAGAGGAAGGAGAAAAACAUAAAAAGAGGAGGCAAUCGCUUUGAGCCAUAUGCCAAUCCAACUAAAAGAUACAGAGCCUUCAUUACAAACAUACCUUUUGAUGUGAAAUGCCAGUCACUUAAAGACCUGGUUAAAGAAAAAGUUGGUGAGGUAACAUACGUGGAGCUCUUAAUGGACGCUGAAGGAAAGUCAAGGGGAUGUGCCGUUGUUGAAUUCAAGAUGGAAGAAAGCAUGAAAAAAGCUGCCGAAGUUCUAAACAAGCAUAGUCUGAGUGGAAGACCACUGAAAGUCAAAGAAGAUCCUGAUGGUGAACAUGCCAGGAGAGCAAUGCAAAAGGCUGGAAGACUUGGAAGCACAGUAUUUGUAGCAAAUCUGGAUUAUAAAGUUGGCUGGAAGAAACUGAAGGAAGUAUUUAUACUAAAUACCAUACUGGCUGGUGUGGUGGUCUGAGCAGACAUUCUUGAGGAUAAAGAUGGAAAGAGUCGUGGAAUAGGCACUGUUACUUUUGAACAGUCCAUUGAAGCUGUGCAGGCUAUAUCUAUGUUUAAUGGUCAACUGCUAUUUGAUAGACCAAUGCACGUGAAAAUGGAUGAGAGGGCCUUACCAAAGGGAGACUUUUUCCCUCCUGAGCGUCCACAGCAACUUCCCCAUGGACUUGGUGGUAUUGGCAUGGGGUUAGGCCCAGGAGGACAGCCUAUUGAUGCCAAUCACCUGAAUAAAGGCAUUGGCAUGGGAAACACAGGACCCGCAGGAAUGGGAAUGGAAGGCAUAGGAUUUGGAAUAAAUAAAAUGGGAGGCAUGGAGGGACCUUUUGGUGGUGGUAUGGAAAACAUGGGUCGAUUUGGAUCAGGGAUGAACAUGGGCAGAAUAAAUGGUGGAGGUGGAGGCAGUGUCCCUGGGAUCGAGAGGAUGGGCCCUGGCAUCGACCGCAUUGGGGGUGCCGGCAUGGAGCGCAUGGGCGCAGGCCUGGGCCAUGGCAUGGAUCGUGUGGGCUCUGAGAUCGAGCGUAUGGGCCUGGUCAUGGACCGCAUGGGCUCCGUUGAGCGCAUGGGCUCCGGCAUCGAGCGCAUGGGUCCACUGGGCCUCGACCACAUGGCCUCCAGCAUCGAGCGCAUGGGCCAGACCAUGGAGCGCAUCGGGUCUGGCGUGGAGCGCAUGGGUGCCGGCAUGGGCUUCGGCUUUGAGCGCAUGGCCGCGCCUAUCGACUGCGUAGGCCAAACCAUUGAGCGCAUGGGCUCUGGUGUGGAGCGAAUGGGCCCUGCCAUCGAGCGGAUGGGCCUGAGCAUGGAGCGCAUGGUGCCCGCAGGCAUGGGGGCUGGCCUGGAGCGCAUGGGCCCUGUGAUGGAUCGCAUGGCCACCGGCCUGGAGCGCAUGGGCGCCAACAACCUGGAGCGCAUGGGCCUGGAGCGAAUGGGCGCCAACAGCCUGGAGCGCAUGGGCGCCAACAGCCUGGAGCGCAUGGGUCCUGCCAUGGGUCCUGCCAUGGGUCCAGCCCUAGGCGCCGGCAUUGAGCGCAUGGGCCUGGCCAUGGGUGGCGGUGGCAGUGCCAGCUUUGACCGCGCCAUCGAGAUGGAGCGUGGCAACUUUGGAGGAAGCUUCGCAGGUUCCUUUGGCGGAGCUGGAGGCCAUGCUCCUGGGGUGGCCAGGAAGGCCUGCCAGAUAUUUGUGAGAAAUCUCCCAUUUGAUUUUACAUGGAAGAUGCUAAAAGACAAAUUCAACGAAUGUGGCCACGUGCUGCAUGCCGACAUCAAGAUGGAGAACGGGAAGUCCAAGGGGUGCGGUGUGGUUAAGUUUGAGUCGCCAGAGGUGGCUGAGAGAGCCUGCCGGAUGAUGAAUGGGAUGAAGCUGAGUGGCCAAGAGAUUGAUGUUCGAAUCGAUAGAAAUGCUUAAGCAGUUGCCU